GAAACAAACAUUCCUAUCCUCUCUCUUUUUUUUCUCUCCUCAUUAAGAUCAAUGGCUGUGGUAAACUCUCUUUCAACACCUUUUCUAAUUACAAAAUCAUCUUUUACUCCAAGAACAAUAAGGCUGCCUGUCCACAGACAAGUGGUAUUUGCAAGUAUUCAUGACAAUAUUUCAAACAACAUCUCAUCAUCAUCAAUAACAACAACAAUAACAUCAACCAAUCCAUAUCAAAUCAAAUUAGCUUCGAAAAAUGGGCUUAAGGUAUUUGAAGAUAAGUCAACGGGUGUAGUUUGUUAUAGAGAUGAAUAUGGAGAAAUCACAUGUGAAGGAUAUGAUGAAGGCCCUCGUUUUUACCACCAACCCCCAAAGUCUCCUUCAAAAUCAAGAGAUGAAGAGAUUGUAGAGCUCCUCCAAAGAAAUUGGUUUCAUAUAGCUGAUGAUGCUGUGGAAUGAAGAGACUUUGUGCAUUCUUAACGGGCUUAAUCGACUCCCGAUUAUAUAUGAUUCAAGUUCAAGCUAAUUAGAUAUUAUUAUAUGAAUAUUAUGUAUUCAUUUUGUCCUAUUCAGACUCAUGAUAGCCGUCGUUGUAAACAAGGGAUGAUAUUAACUUGCCUUUUAUUUUCUUACCCCUUUUUUUCAUAUUUU